UCAGCUGGAGAAAGGAAAUCUGCUGCGUGAGAAAGAUGGCGAAAGGAGCUCGAAGCUUGAGAAAAAUCGCUGCAUGUGUGAAGCCCUUACCGUCCGUGUCUAGCCGGGAUGUUCGCUCCAGGAACAGUAUCAGAUACAUGCCAUCAUAUGGCAUCCUGCUGACGCGUUUGCCGCCCUUGCUGGGCGCCAUCAUGCCUGGCCGCAGCGUCAUCCUUCCCGCGCGCUCCUUCUUCAACAUUGCUAACACCUUCUCUAAAAGAAGGGAAUAUGCUGAGAGACGCAUCAUCGGGUAUUCCAUGCAGCAGAUGUAUGAAGUAGUGGCAGGUGUGGAGAACUACCGACUCUUUGUUCCAUGGUGCAAGAAGUCUGACGUCGUCUUCAAGCGGAGCGGAUACUGCAAGGCCAAACUGACUGUGGGCUUUCCGCCAGUGACUGAAAACUACACAUCCCUUGUCACCACAGUGCGUCCCCAUUUGGUGAAGACAGUGCCUCCAAGCAUCUGUCUGCGAAUGAAACAUGCAAGUCAGGGUACUGCUGUUUAUGGGUCUAAAUCUCGUUGCCACCACCUUGAAAGUUUGGACAGAGUUGCUCCUCUUGUGUGGUCUUCAGGCAUCGUGCUCCGACGGCAAACUCUUCAACCACCUGGAGACCGUUUGGCGCUUCAGUCCUGGUUUGCCUGGCUAUCCACAGACCUGCACUGUAGACUUCGAUAUCUCCUUCGAGUUCCGCUCGCUCAUCCACUCGCAGCUAGCGCACGUGUUCUUCGACGAAGUGGUGAAGCAGAUGGUGUCGGCGUUCGAGCGCCGCGCCACCGUCGUCCACGGCCCCGAGACGCCCAUUCCGCGCGAGCUCAUGUUUCACGAGGUGCACCACACGUAGCGGCGGAAACAACAAGAGAAAGAAGAAAACAAAAGCCACGACUUAAGUUCUACCUGACAAUGCCAGUGCCUUCCAAAACCCCAUUGUAUUUAUGUUACUGAUGUUGUCGAUUUAGUGCAGAAUUAUGACUGGAACGAGCAAGCCGAGCACAACUUUGUCUGACAGUACAUCAUUUCCAUUGUACUGCCUGACUAACCUGCCGUUUGACCUUUUCACCAGCAUAAUGUUAAAAUCCCUACCGAAGAGAUAUUGCAGGUUAGUGUCAGGGAAACCAAGUUUUUGUUGAAAAUAACCUAAUGAUAUGCCCUAAUGAUAGUAUUUUUUUAUUCCUCCAAUGACAGCAACGUACAAGAUGGGCAACCUUUUUCCCCAUCAGGGCCAUUUCAUUUAAUUUUCCAUUGGUGAAAAGAUAUUUAUAAUGAACUUUUGGUUUCAUUGAUUAUUUUUAUUUUUUGGGAUGAACGUUCUUCUAAAGCAGGGGUGCCCGUUAUGUCGAUCGCAACGCUAGUGUGGGUAGCUCGUGACCUCCGUGAAGCUGGCCCCCCAUCAGAUGCAAAUUUAUAAAAGAAUUGUCAUUCGUUUGGGUCGUUUGGCCACAAUAUUAACAUUUAGUAUUGAACAAAUCUGGCCUACAUGACCCAAAAUGUGACCAGGUCUCAAUUAAAUAUUUUUAUUAUAAUAACCAUGAUUUUUAAAUAAAUAAAUAAAAUUUGAAAUGAUAUAUAAUGUGAAUUAUGAAACUGAACUAGAGGAGCACUUAGACUAAGCAGACAAAUUCAAAGCAUCCCCAUAUAUCUCACUUUUGUGACCUUUUCUUGUAUCAUGCACCCUGCAAAUUUGAGUUAAAGCAACACGAGGUAACUUUUCAGUUUUGGUUGAUUUUAGCGACGCAGGUGGACAAAAGCAGUAGUGUUUUUAAUUUAUGAAGACUGUGUUUCCCAUGAAGACCAGCGCAUGAGCGCACAGUGUCGUAAAAUCCUGAUCUACCGGUCACCUGUAGAUGGAUUAAACAACAUUUGUUUCCAGCGGCUGUGUGAAGAAUGAAUAGUAAUGAGGUAACGAAUCCAGUUGUGGCUAAACAAUAACAUAUAAAGAUGUUGAAAAUAGAAACAUUUGAUUUUGUACUGUAUUCCUCCACUGGCCCUCCAACCCCCAAACUCGUCAUGACUUCGGUUAUCACGCCAGCGAGUGAAAAUUGGGCCAGUGUUUAUUCUUGAAUGUCCUUUCACCCUGAUAGCUUCCCUUUUUCUUUUUUUUUUCUACUCUGACAAAACUUGUCUUUCUUGUUGCUCUGCCAGCGUUUGCAUCAACCUAAAGAAUGGAAAAGAGGGAAUUGAUGUAUGCUGUAAAUCAGUUAGCACAUUUGUAGUUUUUUUGUGUGGCAGGGUUCCUGUCACUAUCCUCAAAGUUAAUUAGUGCAGUUGAAAGUGAUACAGACCCCCUCAAGAUAUAAAAGAGGCGUCAUCCAUCGUUAGUUGACAUAUCAUCACAAAUGUUAUGAAAAUAUUUAAUGAUGGUUGAAAAGUUACCUAGUGUUGCUUUAAAUAGGCUAAUCUUGUAUCGCAGUAUUUUUUAUUUUUUUUUAACCUCUGUGACUUGUUUCCUUUCAUAUUACAAAUAGUGAGGACCAGAAGUAUUUGCACCCCUUGUGGUUUUGCAAGUUCACCCACUUAGAAAACAGAAAACAGGUAACCUUUUAACUGAAACUUCAAUCAUUGAUGCAUUUCCAUUUAGAGACAUAAUCUAAAAAUAAUUCCAGAAAUCCCAUUGUAUGAUUUUUAAAAUUUGUCAUUUACCGGGUUCUUAAGUGUUUUUUUUUACCCCUGAGAAUCAGCAAUAGUUAUGACACUCAAAGAGUUGUCAGUCUACCUUUAAAAAAUGCUAAUGGUUUACCACCCGCCCACCACGUUUCAUUUUAUUACUGUCUCCUGUGCACCCCACAGUCAAUUAUAAUCCAAUUGCUACCAUGGGCAAGACCGGAGAGCUUUCCAAAGACACCAGAGGAAAAAAAUUGAUCUCCACAAAGAUGGAAAUGGCUAUGGGACAGUUGGAAAGCAGCUUGGUGAGAAUAAAUCUGCAGUUCCAGUAAUUGUUAGAAAAUGGAAAAGGCUAAACAUGACUGAUAAUCUACCUCUGACUGGGGCUCUGUGUAAAAUCUCUCCUCGUGGGGCAUGCCUCAUGAUGAGAAAAGUGAGGGCUCAACCUAGAACUACGUGGGAGGAGCUGGUCAAUGACCUGAAGAGAGCUGGAUGCAGUUUCAAAGGCUACUGUCAGUAAAUGGUUCAAAAUCAUGCAUUGCUCAGAAGGUUCCCCUGUUGAAGCCAGUACAUGUGAAGGCCCGUCGGAAGUUUGCCAGGGACCAUCUAAAUGAUGCAAAAGGGGCCAUGGGAGGAAGUCAUGUGGUCAGAUGAGGUGAGGUACAAACUUUACUCAUCGUGUGUAGAGGAAAAAGAAGGAUGAGUACAAUCCCAAGAACACCAUCAACACUGUGAAGUAUGGGGGUGGAAAACUCAUGCUUUGGGGCUGCUUUUCGGCAAAGGGGACAGGACGACUGUACUGUAUAAAGCAGAGGAUAAAUGGUGAACUGUAUCGUCAGAUUUUGAGCCACAACCUCGUUCCCUUACUCAGAGACUUGAAGAAGAGUUGUGGCUGAAUCUUCCAACAUGAAAAUGAUCCGAACAAAGCCAAGAUGACCAAGGAGUGGCUGCGUAAAAAGCAUAUCAAGGUUCUGGAGUGGCCUAGCCAGUCUCCAGACCUCAAUCCGAUAGAAAAUCUUCGGCUGGAGCUGAAACCUCGCGUUUCUCAACGACAGCCCCGAAACCUGAAAGAUCUAGAGAAAAUUUGUGUGGAGGAAUGGGCCAAAAUCACUGUUUCCAUUUGUGAAAACUAGGUGAAGAACUACAGAAAGCGUCUAACAAAGGUUUCUGCACUAAAUAUUAGCACUGAUUUUCUCAGGGGUACAAACACUUAUGAACCCUAGUAAAUUACAAAUAAAUUAUUGAAAAAUCAUGCAAUGUGAGUUACGGAUUUUUCUUUUAGAUUAUGUCGCUAUAAGUGGAAAUGCAUAUAUGAUUAAAAUUUCAGACCUCUGUUUUCUAAGUGGGUGAAAUUGCAAAAUCACAAGGGGUACAAAUACUUCUGCUUCUCACAGUAUAUAUAAAUGUAAAAUUUAAAAUAAUCCCUUUAUUCAUUAUCUCGAACACAAACACACCGACAUACAGAACCGAAUACAUAACCUCCACCUUCUGUAGGUUUCACCCACUGGCGGAUGAUUUUUUAAAUUUUAUUUUAAAUAAUAUAUGUACAAUAGUAUACAACAUUUUAAAUGAAUACAAAUAAUAAUUGCAGUUUUCUUUAAAUUAUUUCUUUCCCAAAUAAAAUAGAAUAGUAUUCCCACUUUUAUUAAAUAAACUAAAUUUGAUUAAAAUGUUAUUUUUUGAUUGCCUGCCGAUGACAACAAUAGACUUCCAACAUGUUUAAACUGGGCAGACUUGCUCUGAAUGCAUGUUUCAGUGCCAUCAAUGGCACUAAUCAUUUAAUCCAUUUUGACGUCUAGCGCCGUCAAUGGUAGCCAUUGAGUUCAAACUGUAACUUUCUCACUGACAUUUGUUCACGGUUACCUUCACCAGCUCCAUAAACGACACGAGACGCGCGUAAUUGUACAGUAUAUUUUUUGUGCAAUAUUAGGUAACAUUUUAUUGUGUAUUUUUUUAAGCUGCGUAGCAAGAAAAAGUCAGUACAUGUCCGCUCGCAUAUUUAUCAUUCUUUUUAAAACCUGCAGAUGUAUUUAUUGAAGUGUAAAUAUUACAACAGGUUCUUUUUAAAAAGGAAAAAGUGUGCAUCUUUGUGUUUGAAUAAGGGACUGUUUUUAAAAUGGCUUUUGGAACAAGAAAGUAUUGACUGCAUGAUGUAUAAAG